CAUGCGCACAGGCUAACGGCUAACGGCUAACGGCCAGCGUCAACGGACACAGUGAAGACCGCGCUUCCGGUCCGGACUUUCAACAUAAAAUACAGCCUGACAGCAUCGUUAAAGUAACAUUAAACUCUCAUUAGUAAACAGGACAAACAAAGAUCAAAUCAGAAAUAAAAACAAUGCAAGUAAAGUAAAUAGAUGUAAAUCACAUUCCUCUCUUACAGUCACUGACUUUAAAGGCUUCAACGUGACUUUAUCCAGUCAGCCAAGAAUAAGAAGAGUCCAUUAACAUCCAGCUAGAAAGCUUCUGAAUGCAUACAGAGCAUCACUAAAUACACUGUUUAAACAUUUAUUUUGCUUUGGGGGAGUUUUAAAUAUUUAGUUUGUAACAUCGGAGUCGUUUCCUGAGUUUCUGUAAGACACUAAUUAAGAGAUUCUCUAAUAUUGUUGUUUUAUUUUGUACCUGUUGAACUGCCUUUAAAGGACCAAUACAACACAUUAAAUGCAGUUUGGCACUUUAUUUGGACCUUUAGGGGAAGAAAACCUUUAAAUGUGUCACUAUCAGAUCUAAUAUUGAACGUCUACAGCAGAAAGCUCAGUGACAUUGUGCCCUUUAGCACACUACAUAUCCUCAAUGUCUUAUUCAUAGAACAUAAAUAUAGUUAUAUACUGUAGUAUAAUGUACAAACUUGUACUAUUUGUGUUAUAUCAUGCACAUAUUUUAUAUUAUAAUAGAAAACAAAAGUAUUAAGUAUUUAUAUCUCAGACAGGAUCCGCUCUUAUUUUGAAUGCCACACUCACAACAUCCGGCCGUGUGCCCGCCGCCUCCCGUUAACUUUCCUCGGUAAACAAGCACCGGAGCAUCCAGACGAGCCGCCGCGGCAACUACACUGCACGUUUCUGCGCAUUGUGAAUGAAAGUGAGCACACACACCGAGCCGUUAGCGCCGAGUGCGGGGCGGUGAACGCGGGGCGGUGAACGCGCACACGGACGUCACUCUCUGCGGGAUUACUGCUGUUUUAGCCGGCUAGCUGCUAGCAUUAGCAUUAGCAGCUGCCCGGCUGCCUGCUCACAAACCUGGACACGAUGUCGUUGGUGGACCUGGGGAAGCGUCUGCUGGAGGCGGCUCGGAAAGGUCAGGACGAUGAAGUCAGAAACCUGAUGGCCAACGGAGCGCCGUUCACCACCGACUGGUUGGGGACGUCCCCCCUCCACCUGGCGGCUCAGCACGGUCAUUACUCCACCGCCGAUGUCCUGCUGAGAGCCGGCGUCAGCAGAGAUGCCCGCACGAAGGUGGACAGGACCCCGCUGCAUAUGGCCGCCGCCGAGGGACACACCGUCAUCGUGGAGCUGCUGGUCCGGAGCGGCGCCGACAUCAACGCCAAAGACAUGCUGAAGAUGACGGCUCUUCACUGGGCGGCGCAGCAUGCUCAUCACGGCGUGGCCGAGACGCUCAUCAAGCACGGCGCCGAUGUGCACGCGCUCAGUAAGUUCGACAAGACGCCGUUUGACAUCGCCGUCGACAUCCAGAACACGGAGCUGAUGCUGCUGCUGCAGGAGGGCAUGCAGAACCAGGUGAAUAUGAACCAGGUGAACAUGAACCAGGUGAGUAUGAACGUGGAAACCAGCACCACCAACCAGCCGCAGUUCAUCAUCCAGGGAAUACCUGCCAUACAGGGGGGCGUGGUCAACCUGGCCGAGCUGCUCAACAAGGCCAACCAAGGAGACUCGGAAGAAGCGAUGGCCGCCAGCGCUCUGGACUCCAACAUCCAGCACGCCUCCGUCGUCAACGAGGGGGGUCAGAGGGUCAUCACCAUAGUAACGGACCAGCAUGGCAACCUGCAGACCACAGGAGGGAUGGCGCCGCCGUUCUUUGUCACCAUGCAGCAUGGACAGCAGAUGUUGGCGGUGCCAGCUAACACUGUGACAGAGGAGGUGGUGACGGAGGAGCCUCAGCCUCCUCCCUCCAGGAAGAGGAAGCUGGAGGUGACCAACAAUCACAACGACACAGGAGAGACGGAGUUGUUGCAGCGGCAGCUCCUGGAGGCCAACAGGAAGGCACAGGAGUACCGGCAGCAGCUGAUGCGUAAGGAGCAGGAAGCUGAGGAGUACCGCAUCAAACUGGAGGCCAUGUCCCAAAGUCAGGCCAACAGCAACAACGCCAACAAUGCCGCCGCGAGCGCUGCCACCAACGCCGCCAGCCCCGAGGAGGUGGUGGGAGGGGAGGAGGACGAGGAGGAGGCGGCAACCGGCAUGGUGGAGGAGGAAGGAGAGAUGGUGGUGCUGCAAGAGGGAGGGAUCAUCAUGGAGGGGGAGGAGGGUCAGGUGACACUGGUGGAGACGGGGGGAGAGACAACGGAGGUCAGCUCCUAACAGAGAGGGGGGAGGAGGGGUGAGGAGGGGUUAAAGACAGGAGGUGGUUGGUUUGACUCGUGCUAGUUUGCAUCCACUUUAACGGGUGACGAGUGUGUGAUGGAGGGGAAGGAGAUGAGGAUGGUUUGCACCAUUUUGAAUCCCCGAAAGACACCGAGAGGACAAACAAAAUGGAAUCCCAAAAACUGUAGGAGAGAUACGAUUGAAAACAGACUGGAGGAGUUCAAUCGUGCUCCAUUUUGAAUUCCUGAACACUUCAGAGAGGGAAACAAAAUGGAUUCCCCAAAAAGACAACGCAGCAGGAGAAAGACGGACUGAAAGAGGCCUGAACAAGACAGAGGAGUUUAGUCAUGCACCAUUUUGAAUCCUCAAAAGAUUUGAUUCCAACUUGUCAAAGUGGGAAACAAAAUGACUUCUCAGAAUAAGACAAUACAGACCGACUGAAGACAGACGGGACGGAGUUGAGUUGAGCGCCAUUUUGAGUUCCCACUUGUAUUAUAGCUGAUUGGCUACUGAAGAGGGAUGCAAAACUGGGUCGAAGAGAUGGAGACCAACUGAGGACGAGGAAACCAACAGCAGAGAGGAAACAGAUUAACUAAGGAGGAGGUGGGAACACUUUUUAAAAAAAAUUGUAACCACAAUCAGUGAUCCCAAACCAAACCAGAAUAAUGACAGGAGGGUUUGGAAAGACCUCCUGAACAUCACCUUGACGCACCGUUUUGCUUCCCCCUUCAUCCUGGAAUGCUUAUGAAGACAAUAAACCUGAGGAUGCAGCAGGAAUUUAGAGUUUUAGUUUGUCAGUUAAACAAUUUCCUUUAUUUUUGAACAUGGAUGGUUAUCCCCAGUAUACCCAUUAAUAUCCCUGUUAUUUCAGUUAUAUCAGUGUUUGUCAGUGGGUUGCUUUUAUUGGGUGAACCAGCAGCGCUGUUCAUCUGAUGCCCUCAUAACUCUAAUGAUGUGUUCCCACCAAACCUAAGGUGAAUAUUGGCUGUUUAAUCUGUCUCACUGCGUCAGUAUGAGCCUACAAUAAUCAGAUGUUUCUGUGAUUUAAUGUCAAUAAAUGGAUCAAUAUGAUGCUGAACUAACGACAUCAUGAUGGCGAUUUGUCAAAAGUCUGAAUUCAUCCUCUAUCGGUUUGUCUGCGAGACGAUGAACAAAAAACUUUUAACAUGUUUUCUGAAUGGAGUUUGGUUGAUCGGGGUCAUACCAACGUCCUCGCUUCCUCUUCUGUCCGCUCUCUCUAUAAAUAUAAACUAAAUCAUUUUAUUCACGUUUGGUGGGAACGCAGCAUAAGUCUUAAUCAGUUAGGACCAUGUUACUCUCACCUCGCUGGAGCUUUAGCACCAUUUUGCUUCCCCAAAAAAGAGCAGACACCAUCCGGCCACAACUGAGAGCAGAAAAAAAAAAUGUCUGACUCACUCUGACCUGCUCUCCUACUUCUUAUGGUUGUUUAUAAUUAGUCACUUUUCCGAUUUAAGGACUAAUACGACUUAAGAGUUCCCGUUUAUGUCCUGAAAAAUUGAACUUCCUUUGAGUCCAGACAAGAACUGAACCAGAUCCAUCAUGGAAACCUUCAGUUUAUCAAAUCUGUCAUUUAGUCGUAAUUUUUGUGGUAAUGAAAGGACGAGUUCGGAAACUGUCGGUGAGUUCAAAGACGCUGAGAUAGCUGAAAUAUGAGAGUUGGCUGCUGAUAAGGAACUAAAUCUCUAACUCAUCGUGUGCAUACCAUCGACUGUGUAUAAAGACGACUAAUCAGCAACCUGCAGUUCCUCUAAUGUCCACUAGAGGCUGGCUCCAGCAGUGAGUCAGUCUCAACAAGCCCUUAUAUUAAAAUGUCCACCUUUACAGAAACAGAACAUGUUCACAGAUCCAACUGGCUGGCUAAUCAAUGUAGAGUUUUACAAGAGCUACUUUUUCUCUAGCAAUACACUAGCUAACUAGAUUAUUAAUUACUUUUUAACUAAUUAGCUAGUGUUUUGUUAAUUAUGCUGUGAGCUAUAACUAGCUAGUUAAAGAUUCAUCUAGAUUAACUAGGCAACGAUUCAUGUAUGUUAGCUAGCUAGCGUUUGCUACAGAGCAAAACUCUACAGCUAACAAGCUUAAUCACAUUAAUUGAUAGCUAAUUAGCUAGCAUUUUGCUAACCUUAGCUAUCAGAUGUAACUAGCCAGGGGUCCUCUUUGUUGCUGGUGGAGUUUUGGUCGAGCUUUGUAUCAGAAUGCUAAGCUAACAGCUAAAGUAGAAGUUCUGUCAUCCUCAUACGCAGUCGGUGGGAUGAACCGCGUCAGUUCAGGCUGUUUCUUUAACAUAAUAAUGUAACUUUGAGCUGAACUUUGGCUGUUAAUGAUUGAUUAUUGACUGAUUAUUGAUCUCAGUGGAGCAGUUGAUUUUCACAGACAUGAACUGAACGUCAGUCUGGAAGAAAUGAAAUGGAGAUCAGUCUCACAGUGGGAGAGCAGUUAUUGAUCACUACCGAUCAGCUGAUAGACCCCUCCCUCCUCUUGAGUUGAGUGUGAUAGUUAUUUUUAUAAACUCAGCGAAGCCAACCUUUUUCUAUGUACAUAUAAAGUUGUAUUUUUUUAACUGUACCUGAAUGCUUCACCGUGACGACGACGAUGAUGAUGAUGAUGAUGAUGAUGAUGAUGAUGAUGAUAGCUGCCUGCAUUGGUAAUCUGAAAUAUAAACACUUGUUUUUUGAAUAACAA